AUGCCUGAACCUCAUCUUCCCUCAAACGCUUAUGCGGGUGCCUUUGUGCCUGGCAAACCACGCAACUCCGCUGAAGCUAUCCAGACCAGAAUUCGCAAGGCCAAGCAAUUCAACGAAGAACUCGCAGACUAUUUUGCCGCUCGUCGUGAGCUCGAAGAGACCUACCUCAAGCAGCUACAAAAGGUUUCCAAACGCAGCUUCCUCUCCGACCCAUCCUCCAUCCCACCCGGCUACGCACCCGUUUACGAACGUCUCAUCCAAGAGCUUGCAGAGGUAGCCAGUGCACAUGGCGAACUCGAGAAGCGGAUCGCAGAGGAUUGUGAGACUCCCCUUCGCAACACCACUUCCAAGGUGGAAUGGGAUCGACUUCAAACCCAUGACGAGUGGCUCAAUCUCUACAUGCGAGAGCUCAACUCGCUAGAGACGCAACUUCAGAAGGACGAGAAGAAGCUGGAAGGUGCUUCACAGAAGAAGGCGUCGCAAGCCAAUGCUAAAGUGCAGGAGACCGAGAAGUCCAUAGAGCUUCGUAUGUUUCUCUGGGAGAGGGAAGCUCCCGCUGCGUUCCAUGGCUAUCAGCGCAUCGAUAACCAGCGUCUCGAGCUGUUGAAGGAAACUGUGGCCAAGUUCGAGACGGCACAGAGCGAUGCUGCCCAACGCAUCAUGUCGAGUUCGGAGAAGACCAUGCAGGAAUGCUUGACCUUUGAUACUCAGGCUGAUAUGCAAGACUUCAUGCUCAAGAACGGCUCAGCUGCUCAUCCUCGUAACGCACGAACGGCAACCUCUCGCCCAGCUCCAACACCGGCGGCGCCAGGACUCAACCGACAGUCUUCGAUCGCUAGUCGCAGCAUCAGCAGUCGCAAUGGUCCCGAUGCAUCGGCGCGUGGACAAGCCAAUGGGGCAGGUGCAGGAAUGGGUGAGUUCGGCGCAUCAAGUACGUCUCUCCACUCGGCCGACCGUACGGUGAGCAGCUCGCAAGAUGCAGCGACGCCCAGCAAGUCGGGCGGCUCGACACUCAAGAAUGCAUUCAGUCGAUUCGGACGAGGUCGCUCGAAAAAGGACUCGGCCAACACGCAAACUAUGUACGGCGGCUUGCCCGAGGAGCCAAACGAUGAUUCUUCUUUCUCGUCCAUCAACCGAAGCGGAACGCUCCGACAGAACUCGGCUGCACCAACAGGCGGCUCUUCCUCUCGCAACGCUGCAUUGCUCUCUGCUGCUGAUGACUCGAUUGACUCCAUGGCUCCUGGCUCAGGCGGAGGACUAAUGGCACCGCUUACUCCCUCAACUGCUGCGGCGAGAAAGAACUCGGCAAAUGUACCUGCUACAGGAUCCUCUUCCGGCGUUGCUCCUACAUCCGUCGUUGCUCCUACAUCCGGCGUUGCUUCUACAUCCGGCUCCGCACCCCUUGUCGAUUCUGAGGGCUACUCGAUCCCUCCACCCGACCGCAAGCCAUGGGAGACUGCUGCUAUCGGAGGAGUUGCCGGUGUUGCUGGUGGUGCUGCAGCCGGAUCCUCCCUCAUGGACGACAACGACAACUCACGUGAUACCUUUGACAACUCCAUCAACAGCCGUGUUAGCAACAUGAACAUCAGCAGUCAACCCAUCUCCGAAGACGCCUCCAAAGACAAAGCUGCACUCGAACGUAUGAAGUCGACCCUCCUUACCAGUGGUCCACCUUCUCGUCGAGCUACCACCCGUCGCGACCGCAGAGAUGUACGCAAUACCACCUACAACCCGGCCUUUGCAGGUGUUGGUUCAGGCGACGAUAGCAGAUUGAGUCAGUUUGGAACGCUCAGUGCUUCUCCACAGACGAGUACGCCUACUUCGCCUUCGCCCUUUGGGGCGCAGAGUGCAUAUACUGGUGUUGCUGGUGUUGGACGUCAUCGUACGCAGAGUAUCGCAAGUGUUGCGUCGUCAACCAAUCUGUUCGAGAACAGUUCUUCUUCGUCGCCCAUCAAGGCCAGUCUCAGUGAGAGGGUGAAUGUUAUCUUUGUUGGGAAGGAGGUUUCGAAAGUUAUGGUCGUUGGCGAACUUAGUGUUGCCGUAGCUGCUAAUCUUGAUGCUGGGGCGGUGGGUAAGCCAUUGCAUAUUAGGAUUGAAGCUUUUGAGCAGCUCGAAAAAGCAGCUCCCAAUCCUGCUUUCCUGAAAGCGGUGCCUGGUGGAACAACUCCUGGUGAAUAUUUGUUGGACAUCAAAUUGCUUCAAGAACAAGGUGUUCGUUCAGCGUUGCCGGGUAGUGGAGCUCAAGCGGUGGUGCUCAAGUAUCAACUUCAUGUGUCCGAGUCUAGGAAGGAAGAGUAUGUGCCGCUGUCGCUUCAUGCUCAGUGGCGUUGUGAACCUCAUCAAACGUCGUUCCUUAUGACCUACUCUCCGUCAAGCAUCUGCAAGUUUUCGGGAGAAGGUCCAGCAGUGUUGCAGGACCUGCAGGUCGCAGUGCAGAUUCAACCGUCGAAUGUUAGCAACAUCAUGUCCAAACCUACGGCCAUGUUCGUGGCGGAGACAAAGAGUUUGUUCUGGAAGAUUAACGAGAAUCUCUCACUGCUGGGGACGGGGGCAGAGGUGAACAAGUUGUUGGCGAGAUGUCAGAUUGAAGGUGCGCAGACGGUGCCAAGUCCAGUGUACUUGAAGUGGAGGAUUUUGGGUAAGACGAUCUCCAGUCUAGGUAUUACGACCGUUGGUGAAGGUGUAGCAGAGGGAGGAGCGAAGAUCGAGGAGGUUGUGAGACAGUGUACUGCCGGAAAGUUUAUUGCUUCGCCCUAA